CAUUGCCGUUCCAGACGCGCGUCUCUCUCGCUCGGCUCUCUCAACAGAGGAAUAGGCUCUGCGAGGUGGAUCAGCACACACCGUGGAACUCAAAGUGGUUGGGAAGAUUUGAGUUUACAUUAACUCUUUACUUUUGCCAUGAAUAUCAUUUCAAACAAAGCACUAUGCCUCCGUUUACGCACGCUCGGCAAUCGAGUAGAAACAAAGACUUAAAACUAAAGGCCACUUACUGCAACUUUUACCUGAAAAUAAUUUGAAGUCGAACAUGGAGAAGAAAAGUAAUUUUUGAUCCACGCUGUUGUGUUUUUCUAUUCGUUUCUUUUUCUUUUUCUCCAAAACGAUGAUCUGAACAAUUUCCUCUGAAUACGCAUUAAACUAUGGAGAAUGUUACUCUUUUUCAAGACAACCAGACACAUGGAAACUGGACCGAUUACACCACUGAGUACAAAGUGGUCAGUAUAUUUAUGGUAGCCCUAAUAUGUGGCGUUGGUAUAGUGGGCAACGUUAUGGUUAUUUUGGUCGUCCUUACGACUAAACACAUGCGGACACCCACUAACUGCUACCUGGUUAGUUUGGCGGUCGCCGACCUUAUGGUCCUGACGGCGGCAGGGUUACCGAACAUCACAGAAAGCUUGUACGGGGAGUGGGUGUAUGGAUAUGCCGGAUGCCUCUGUAUAACUUAUCUUCAGUACUUGGGGAUAAACGCUUCCUCGUGUUCUAUCACGGCGUUUACAAUUGAGCGGUACAUUGCCAUCUGCCAUCCGAUUAAAGCGCAGUUUCUCUGCACACUGUCUAGAGCGAAAAAGAUCAUAGUGGCUGUGUGGACCUUUACGUCUCUCUAUUCUGUCAUGUGGUUCUACCUGUCGGAUUUGACCGAAUUAGUGUUUGAUAACAUUACUCUGGUCACCUGUGGAUACAAAGUACCGAGAAGCUUCUAUUUGCCGAUAUACUUCACGGAUUUCGCUGUGUUUUACGUUGUGCCCUUACUUUUGGCCACGAUACUUUAUGGACUUAUUGCAAGAAUUCUUUUCCUGAACCCGUUACCAGCUGAUCCCAUAGAAAAGAGCAAAAAGUGGAGAAAGGAGUCAUGUACUAAAUCAGGAACCAAAUCACUCGCCUCAAAGAACUCAUCUUGUAGUAGCACCACAGUGACUUCACGCAGACAGGUGACAAAGAUGCUGGCUGUGGUAGUGGUUCUCUUCGCCCUGCUGUGGAUGCCCUAUCGCACCCUGGUGGUGGUCAACUCCUUCCUGACGCACGCCUACCUGGACACCUGGUUCCUGCUCUUCUGCCGCCUCUGUAUCUACCUGAACAGCGCCAUCAACCCGGUCAUCUACAACGCCAUGUCGCAGAAGUUCCGCGCUGCCUUCUGCAAGCUCUGCCACUGCGGGCCCCAGCGCUCCGAGAAGCCGCCAACAUACAGCGUGGCGCUCACCUACAGCGUCAUCAAGGAGACUUCCAACGGAGAAAGCCCCGACCACUUCACCACGGAGAUGGACCAGCUCACCACCCAUACUGAUCAGUUCCUUCCUGGCAGGAAGAGGCUGUCAUUCCAGGACCCUCCCCUACCCAGUCAAGUGGCCCUUAGCACUGCCUGACUCAACAGAUGCACAGUCUUUCUUUUUUUGUUCUCUUGACGUUCUACAAGAUAGCCAUCCACUAUAUAGAUGGUCCAGAGAGACUGGUCGAUGUGCGCUUGGCCCUUAAAAGACAACAUUUUGCUCUUUGUAAAGAAAUGUGUAUUUGUACCGUGUGCUGUGCAUGUUGACACAGGCUCUUAGGGAUCAACUGAGAUAACCAACAUUUUGAGUGCCCGUGAUGUCAUGGGCGUUUACAACUAAACUAUCAUUCCUUUUAAGGGAUCAGAGGCCUCAACCGUGAGAGGUUUUAAACAAAUUAAGGGAGACAAUAGUUUGCUGAACAAAACCAGAAGCAAUCUACAAUGCUUGGCUGCCUGGAUAGCUUCCUGGCAACUGUUUGGUUAAAGGGAGAUUUAGCUGACAGAGUAUAAGACAAGACCAUCCAAUUUUCCUGUCAGUAGAAUUGAUGGCUCUUAGCCGGCAGCACACCCCACUAGAGAACUGUAUCCACAGUCCACUGAUAUACAUCAGUGCUGAAGUUCCCCACCUGCGGGACCUUUGACAACAUCCUGUUACCCAGCAACAACACUGGUUGGCUGACCACUUUCUUAACAGCCGCUACUCUAUUUCCCUGCGUAAGUGGUUUCUUUCACGGGCAAUGGGCCAGCUCAAUGACCCAGUGCAAUCGAUCUAUUUCCAUAUAUUCUCAUCGAGGAAGAAAUUUAGUGUAUAGAUUUUCCAUGUCUCAUGAUAGCAGAAAGCUACUAACAGGGUUAGGUAGCGGGCAAAAGCAGGAGCGGAAUGAUUGCAUCUUCGGUGCAAUGACAUGGUCUGGUGUAUCAUUUUAGAAUCGAACCAAAGUCCAAGUGAUUUUAUUGUGCUUUCCCAUGAGCUGUUUGUUCUGCACUGCAGAUGCUCAGAAACACAGUCUCACUUUUCAAAACCAUCUGGUCAGGUCUGUAGAACUACACAACAUUUAUCUGUAUUUAUUUCAAACAUGAUUUUUAAACAGAAAAAACUCAUACAAAGAACCUUUUACAAACAUGUAACCCUGUUUUGGCUAUAAGGGUGCUCUGUAUUGGCUAUAAGGGGUUCUUAUCACUGGUAAAUGGAUGCAAAAAUGGCUCCUUUAGAAGGUGCUAAAUUAAAUUUCUCUAAGGGUUCAUGUAUGGGAACAGGCCAAAGAACCUUUCGAAAGUUCUGGACACUGCAACCCCAUCCUUCUGAAAGGUUAAGCAUUUUGUGAAUUUGCAGUAGCUUUACAUGGAUACCUGAAGACAGUGUGCUAUGUAAACCAAUGUUUUAUGCCGUAAUCGCUGUUGUUAUUGAUCUAGUCUGCUUGUAUAGACUACAAGACCCCUGUGCAGUUUGUGAUCCUUGGUAUUGGUAGCAGUUUAAUGUAGCCUGAGUCUUCAUAUAGAACUUAACACUGUUUGAACUUUGCACUUUCUUCUGUAUUAUUGCUAACAUUGGUGAAGAGUUGUCAUAUGUUGUCACAUGAAGUGUAUCUAUCUAAAAUGUGUGGUAGAUUGGAUUGCUUUCAUAUUCCAGCAUGAAUAUUGUUCACAACAUGGUAACAUUCUGGUGUGAGUUCUUGGUUAGCAUUAAAAACAGCACAUUUGACAUUUCAGUGAGUUGUCACCACCGUUUUAAUGACUUGUUCUUGUAUUUUGUACAGUAGUUUGUCCAUGAGAAAUAAAGUCUUGAUGUGAAUCGCACUUCCUCACAGUACAUUGACAAAUACAUUUUGAAGAACACUGAAGAACAUGAAACCCUGAUUGAGCAAAUACUACUAUACCACAAAGACUAACUUUUUUUUUGGGUUGUUAUGUUUUGUUUUUAAUCUUUUUAAUCAGCACCUUUCAUUUAUUGUCUUUACUUUGUGUUCUAUUAACUUAUAUUUGUUAACACGUUAUUAAUUAUGGAUAAAUGUUGAACUUCUCACUUCUGAUAAAUCAUAAAAAUGUUAAA